AGAUUCACAUGUAACAUGGAAGUUAAAAACAAAUCAGUUGUUUUUGAUAUUUUUCUUCGUGGACUCACAGAUGAUACAGAGCUGCAGCCCUUCAUCUUUGGCCUUUUUCUAUGUGCAUAUUUGAUCACCAUCUUUGGAAAUCUUCUUAUAAUGUUGGCCAUCAAUUGUGACUCCCAACUCCACACCCCCAUGUAUUUCUUUCUCUGCCAUCUGUCUUUUAAUGACAUGUAUUUAAUAAGCAUUACAGUCCCAAAGAUGUUGGUGAGUAUACAAACAGAGGAUCAGAGGAUCACUUUUGCUGGCUGCCUCAGCCAGGGAUGCUUUGUUGCAGUUUGCACCAUCUUUGAGUGUUUUCUCCUUGGAGUGAUGGCCUAUGACCGCUAUAUAGCCAUUUGUUAUCCUCUAAGGUACACAGUCCUCAUGAACCCCUGCUUCUGUGUUAUUCUGGUACUUAUCUCUCUAUUCUUAAGUAUUAUAAAUGGUCUGCUGCAUAGCCUCAUGGUUCUGUACCUGUCCUUCUGCACAGAUCUGGAAAUCCUACACUUCUUCUGUGAAAUUGCACAAAUUAUCAAGUUUGCCUGUUCUGACAGUCUCAUCAACAGAAUCUUGAUAUUUGUUACAGCUUCUAUUUUUGCUGGUAUUCCUCUGUUUGGAAUAAUUUUCUCUUAUGUUCACAUUGUUUCUACAGUGGUGAAAAUUACAUCAUCAGAAGGAAAGUACAAAGCCUUUUCCACUUGUGGGUCUCAUUUGUCAGUUGUUUCUUUGUUCUAUGGGACUGGUUUUGGUGUAUACAUUACCUCAAACAUGAUUGAUUCACCAAAAAAGAUUGCUGUGGCUUCGGUGAUGUAUUCAAUAGUUCCUCCAAUGAUGAAUCCCUUUAUCUAUAGUAUGAGGAACAGAGAUAUGAAGGAGGCACUGAAGAAGGUAAUUGCUAAGACAGCUUCUCUCCUCUGA